AUGUCCAGAGGCCCGCUUCCUUCCCAGUUGUGUCUUCUAUCAGACCUGCCGUUGAGGUCACCAGGCGAGAAGGUCAGAUUCAUGGGAUGUGUAACCUCAUACUCAACGCACUCGGCAGUGCUUACGCUAGAGCACAACUUCCCUAAAGGGUCCCACGUCAGUGCAUUAGUCGACGUUCAGCUUCUACUUGGCACUAUUAAGUCGAAUGAGACGCAAAUCGGCGAAUGGGUUAAUGUCGUUGGUUAUGUCACACCGUCGCCUCCAGGAACGCGGGCCAAAGGAACAGGAGAGCCCAGGAAAGCGGCUAUCCAGGCUCUGAUGCUUUGGUCGACCGGCCCUAUCGAUCUUCAACGAUACGAGUCUACCUUUAUCAUUGCCUGA